AUGGACUCUACCGUUAAGGGUAUGGACACAUUGCUCCGAAGACUCAAACAGGCAAAGUCGUCACAAUAUUUUACGCAAUCCUUGGAAUCCCUCUCAUGCUGCUUUGCCUUUCCAACAUCGGUGACGUCAUGGCUUCGUCAUUUAGGUUUUUGUACUGGCGUGUAUGUUGCUACGUGUGCACAAGACCUCCUAAACCAAGGCAUCGUUCUAAAAGGAGGUCAGCGCGGCCAGGAAGCACGCGAAGUUCAACUCGCCGCCGAAAACCGCUUGAACGAUCUCAAUCAGAUACUGACUGCAGGUUUGUAUCGUGAUAGUGGAUAUAACACAACUCGUCCUCGUCGCGGGCGGCCACUUCCUGUACCAGUCUCCGCUCCACGCACGCGUUCGCAACCACCUACAUCCUCAAGGUCGUUUGGACCAAGAGAAUUUGAAAGAGAUGAUAAUUCCCCGGUGCGAUAUGAAAAGUACGGAAGAGAUGUUUACGAUGAAGAUGAAGAAGAAUUUCCAAAAAUAUCAUUGCCAUUACAAGACUUGCAGGCGGCGCUCAAAGAUCUGGACAACUACCAGACCAAGUAUACAUCUAAACCAGAAAUGAGGAGCAAAUCCUUACCUAGACCGUCUAGACCCGUGUCAGAUUACGGACCGCGUCGAGAUUUCGACGACCAAAGGCAUUUCGAUUUCGACGAAAGCAAAGAAAUCUAUGAAAUGCAUGACUUACAUGACGUCGACUAUGAGAACUAUAAAGAAAGGAAAGCUUUGGAGGAGAGAGAGCGUCGAUUAAGGGAGCGGGAAGACUAUAUACCGAGAGAUCGCGGCUACGAUCCUGAAGACGAUGACUUUGAGUUUGACAUCCCAAGAAGCAGAAGAGCAGGCUUUGACAGAAGGUACAACCGUGGAAGAUCAGAGUAUUACGAGAGGGACAUAGAGGAAUGCUUGGACCGGAGGCGCGGUAGACGCGCGCGCAGUGCGGCCUGCGGGUACGAGAAGCGCGCGGGAGGUGCGGGGGAGGUAGCAGAGCGUGGGUAUGUGGAGCGUCCGAGGCGCCUGCGCAGGCUGUACACUGUGGAGGACGCCGCGCGAGGGCCACAUCGAUAUACUCCAUCUCCAGAUAGAGACGAUUGGAGUGACGAAGCGCCCCCGCUACGGCGCGGCCGCCCCGCAGCGUGGGGCUCGCGACAGUCUGACAUCUACGCCGUGCAACUUAUGGGGCCUGUUAAAGAAGAAAUAAAACCCGUACCUAUAUGGCUGUGCGUGUUCCUGGUAGCUUCUUAUAUCGUCGUGGGCACAUUUUUGUUCAAACAAUGGGAGGGUUGGGCGUAUCUGGACGCGGCAUACUUUUGUUUCAUUACACUCACCACCAUCGGAUUCGGAGAUUUCGUUCCAGCUCAGGGUCAGAGCGGAGAAGGCGCUGACGCAGUCCACUCCAUAGCUCUAUGCUCUUUAUACUUAUUAUUCGGAAUUGCUCUACUAGCGAUGUCUUUCAAUCUCGUACAAGAAGAAGUUCGAGCGAACGUCGCCGCUAUUGCGACCCGCCUCGGAAUCAUCAAGCCCAGGGACCACACUGAAGACUAC